UAGGGAGGACAGUGGGCAGGUCAGCAGAUGUAGGUGGCAGACUGUUGCAGAACUAACAGAGGGAUUAAAGUCGUCAGAUUAGAUGGGCUUCACAGGGAACUUGAGAGACUGUGGGUAAUGCACAAGUCCUGGGUGCAAAUCUAAUGGCAGCAUUUGACUAGGGGGAGGGUGGUACGGCAGAAAUAAUAUGUCCAAGUGCAUGUGCACAGCUUACACAUGUCCCUGCACUGGCAGGCUCAUCAGUUCAAUCAGCAAACCUCAUAUGAAGAGGUGGUUCUGUGGGGUGAGCAUCCAUUAUUCAUGUCUCCAGAUGCACAUCGGCCCUGGAUUAGCAGCGCUGGAUUACUGUCGUUUACAGUAUCAUAUUUUGUAAUGGGAUUUCUGCAGUGUGGAAGGCUAAUUGGAGGUCUCUAAGUCGAUUGCACUUAUCUGCACAAGCUGCUGGUUCAGCCGAGAACAAUGCGGGUAUCUGGGGUGAGUGCACAUGUGAGUGCGCCUCUAUCCCUGUACAGGAGGACCAGCAGCAUUUGCAAGGACAGAAAAGAUGAGAAGAAAUCGUCCAGUUGUUUGUUCUGGCCUUCGUACGGGGUUAGGAUUUGGAUUUAACGGUUCGGGAUUGAUUUGCAUUACGGCGAGGUAUUAGCGUUAAGCAUUCAGGUGGAGAUCAAAGGUCGUGAGUGUGUCAUGACCCCACGGGAGCAGCUGAGGAAGAUGACAGCGCUAGGGGAGCAGGGGUCUUUGGAUGAGAAGCACUGGUACCGACUCGUCAAUGGGAUGUCUGCUGGAGAGCUGAGGCAGAGGCAGGAGCUGAUAAUGAGGAACCAGAUGGCUAUGGCACCGCAGAUCCUUGCCCAGGGGCAGCAGAGGUUACAGGGGGUCCCCGCACAGUUCGAACCUCGGUUCAUGGAGAGGGAGUUAGUUCCACCUACCGAGAUGGUCCCGUCUGAAGCCAGGCAGAUGCACAUGGGCCCUCACCUCGGUCCACCUCUGCCUCCUCAUGCCAACGUCCUGCCUGGAAGAGGAUUCCCUACACCAGCUGGAUAUGGCUUCUUACCCUCAGAGCCCAUGGAAACUGUUGCCCGGCGACAAGAGCUCAUUCACAAGCAAAAUAUAGCCAGAAUGGAAAUGAAUGCCAUCCUGCAUCAGAAGGAGCUGGAGAAUGCGCACCAGAAAGGCUUGAUGGGAAUUGAAAAUCCCAUGUCAUACCCUUCCAACCCCAUGAUGUUUAGAGGUCGUCAGCGCAUGCCAGACGGCCACGAUGUCUUCGUCCACCGGCCCACCCUGGAUGAACUGCACUCCAACAAUAUUCUUAUGUCAGCCAACCCAUAUCCAGCUAUAAGCACGCUGCACAGAGAGCGGGGGCGCAGAGCAGGUCGGAGGCCAACUGUUCACAAGAGUAUGGAGAGCCAUGUGUCCAACGUGAAGGGUCAGACUGAAGAUAAAAGUGUAGAGCAGAGCCCAGGGGCCGCAUCGGGGGAGGAGAAGGAGCUUGAGCCAAAGGGGGACAUGGGAGAGGAGUGUGCCACCAGUAAGACACAUCAUCAGGCCAAAGUAGACCCUGAACUGGCCACCGGAAGCAGGAAGAACUACAAAGAUGGGGAGCCAGGCCUCCGGAAAGCCUGCGUGAACAGCCAAGAUGGGAGUUCAGAUGCAGCCAACAGUGGAACAAAUGAUAAAGACAUAUCUAGCCAAUGUUCGACGUUCCAGGAGAAAUUCAUGUAUCCUUCCACUGGAGGAACUCUAACAGGGAUCCCUUACAUGUUCCCGGUCCCUGGAAAUGGUUUCCUUCCUCCUGGCCCACCAAAUCUCUUUCUAAAUGGUGAGGAGGUACCCGAAGACAUCAGGAAGUGGACAGUGAAUGAUGUGUACAACUUUAUUAACAGUAUUCCCACGUGUUCAGAGUAUGCCCAGACUUUCAAGGACCACAUGAUUGACGGAGAGACGCUGCCCCUCCUAUCAGAGGAGCAUUUAUUGGAUACACUGGGACUGAAGCUGGGGCCAGCUCUUAAGAUCCGCUCACAGGUGUCCAGACGUCUUGGUAGCAUGUUGUACAUGAUGAAUCUGCCACUCUCCACCGCCCCACUGCAGGCCACCCCUGAGAAGCCCGGGGAGCGCUCAUCAGAGAUCGGCUCUCCCAUUAACUGCAACAGUGAGGAGAUGGUUGCAAGUCCAAGAGAUCCCGAUGUCAUAAAAUCCGCUGACCACCUCCACGACGCAGAAAACAACUCGCCUCCAUCUGCCAGCAGUGAGACUGCCUGACCAGUGGAAUAAUGUAAACCAAAGCAGGGUACAACAGCACGCUUUGGUGAGCUGCUGCUGCCGCUGUGGUGGAUUUGUUUACACUGUGCUGAACUGGACUGAAGAUCCACAUUUCAGGUUCCUGUUGAACGUUUUAUACAUUUAACAGCAGCAGCUGCAGUGGAGUGAAAGUGAUGUGGAUUUUAAGAUACAGUAUCAGACGCUGAUAAGGUCCUACAUCACUUUUCUUCGCUAGUCUGAUUAUAGCUUCUUGACUUAUUCUUGCAAGCUGCUAAACGCUCCUGUAGGCUGACGUGCAGAGCAUAGUAAUCAUAUUUUGGAAAUAUUUUAUAAACAAAAUAAUGACAUAUUUAAAUAUUCUGGAUU